UGGCGCCCGAAGACUGCUCCCCCAUGCAAAUAUAGCUCCCUUGUCCGUACGUCAUCUUCGCUUCUCCCCUUCUGCUCUCUGUAUGUCUUGUCUAUCUCUCUCUCUCCCCUCUCCCCUCGGUCCUGUUUUUCUCCGAUCCGUCAUCCCUUUCUCUCACUCUCUCUAUCUACUCCGUGUGCUCUGAUCUUCUCAUCUUCCCUUUCGCCGUUCAGAAAGAAAGGGCUUCUUCUUCUUGUUCUUCUAGUCGUUCGUUUCUUGGUCCCUUCGGGCCGCCGUUUCUCGGAGAAAUCUGCCAUGGAGUUCACUUGCCCGGUGGCCUGGAGAACCCGGCUCCAGAAAGGAAAAAUGUCGACGGCAUCUUCCUCAAGAGGCUUGGAGAGGAAGAAAGGAGGUACCUUUCCUUCAGAAACGAAGGCAACGAAAGCUUCUUCCUCUGCGGCGAAGAAAUCACGACACCCCGCCGGAGUAGCCCGUCCCGGCAGCAGAGGAAAGCGCCGAAACCGGAGUAAGGACAGGGACUACGAGGUCAUUUCCCUGGGUGAUACAGAUAGUGAUUAUGUCGAUGGCUUAGACGUGGGGUUUGGCAGUGAUGGAAGUACUGAUCUUCGUGCUGGGGCCGGGCGUGACAGGGAGAUGCAAAAUAGGAGGAGGGGGGGUGAAGAGGACGACUAUAGUGUGAUCAGUCUUGGGCCAAGCUCCUCCGAUGAUGAGGAGGGCCCUCCCAAAGGGGGCGAGGAGAGGCUUCCUGAAACUGAUUCUGGUUUUAAGGAGAAUAAGACCUCUGAUGAGAUUGAUGCUGAGGACAGUAAUGAUGAGUGCUUCGGCCUGAGUUCGGAGGGUGAGGAGAAGGAGGAGGAGGAGAAUGGGGGAACAGAGAGUCGUGAUGAAAUUGUUCGGCAGUGCGAAAAGGCCGGUAAAGAGAGGAAACGAGGAAGGCCUAGAGCUCAACAGAAGGAGACUGCUGGUAGUUCUCGCAAAGGUGGGCUGCAGUAUUAUGGUUCUCAUUCUAGCCCAAAGGUAGAGGUGAAUGAUGUGGAGAUGAUUAGCUUAGGAUUGAGUGAUGGCGAUGACAUGGAUGACGUCCCUGAUGUGUUUGCUAGAGUAGAGGUGCCCGGUGCAGUUGCUAGCCGCACUCGGUCAAAGGCGGGCCCGAGAAUGAGCACGAGAGGGGCCACAGGACCGGGACACACUCCAUUUCCAAGCAGCCAUUGGAAAUUGAGGGAGAAAGAGAUUGCACUCAGUCCCCCGACUAAGAAGGCACCUACGAUGAAGAAGGGAGAAGGUAAGAGAAAAAGUGAAAGAGAUUCAGGAUGUUCGGAUCAUCCUUGGAAGAAGAAUGGGGAAGCGAGGGACUCGGGCGCUCUCAGCAGCAGCAAGGGACCUCCAAAGAAGCAGAAAACUGUGGUAGAGGGGAGAAGGGCUCCAGCUCGGAAGAGGAUCUCGAGAGAGUCCGACUUUCUUGAAAUUCUUGCCGAAUCAAUAUGGAAGAAGGAUGGCAAAAUUGGAGACGGGUCCCAAGAUGAGCAGCAGGUGAGGGAGCUGCUUCCUGUGAAGUUCCCGUGGUUUGAUGAUGAGAAACGUGUGGAGGAAUCAGAGUACGUGAAGGAGAUGGAAGACUUAUGGAAAAUGAUGAACCUUGGUCUCAAGGCAGAUCAGAUCGGUUCGUACUCUCCCCGGAAUGAGGAUACAGAUGCAGAUGAUACAGAGCUCGAGACAUCUCAAACUGCCCUCUGCCGCCAAGGGAAGCAUGUCCUCAUCCUUGAUGAGCAAAUUGGGCAGAGGUGCCGCUACUGCUCCCACAUCGCGGUUGAGAUAGACGGCUACUACGCCCCAUUUGACAACUUCCCCUCAGAAACGCAACACAGGGGCUACUACCGGGAUAAGGAUGCUGCAACCUUAGAUAGCCUUCAGUUCCAGGCCCCCAAGGACUGUUCUGCUGAUUACUUCGGUCCAACUGGCAGUGGAACUGUGUGGGAUCUCAUUCCCGGAACGAGAAAUCAAUUGUACCCCCAUCAAAAAGAAGGGUUCGAGUUUAUGUGGAGGAAUCUUGCAGGGUCCAUUAUUCUCGAUGAGCUGAGAAACCGCUCUUUACAGAAGCAUAAAGAUGUUGGUGGCUGCAUAAUUUCCCAUGCUCCUGGGACGGGGAAAACUCGCCUGACCCUCGUCUUCCUGCAGGCAUAUCUAGAGCUCUUCCCUGACUCCCAUCCUGUCAUCAUUGCUCCCUCGAGUUUGCUUCUCACAUGGGAGGACGAGAAAAAGAAAUGGGGAGUUGGAGUUCCAUUUCAUAACCUCAACGGGAAGCUCUCAGGGAAAGAGGACAUAGAGGCUGUCAAGAUGCUUGACUCCCACAGGCUCUCUCGGAACAUCGACUCAAUUCGAAUGGUAAAGCUGUAUUCAUGGAGUAAGAGCAAGAGCAUCCUUGUGGUGAGCUAUGAAAUGUUUGCCAAACUCACAAAGGAAAGUGCGCGGAUAGAGCAGAUGAGGAAGAUCCUACUCGAACUACCAGGUCUGGUAAUUCUUGAUGAAGGUCAUACUCCUCGGAACCGAGAAAGUGAUGUGUGGAAUCAGAUAAUGAGGCUUAAAACGAAGAAGCGAGUUAGUUUGUCGGGGACCCCAUUCCAAAACAACUUUGAUGAGCUCCACAAUACUCUCUAUGUUGUCAGGCCAAAGAUUGCUGAGUCGAUCCCCCCACACCUGAAGAGGUUCUGUAAGAGGGGGACCAGCACCUAUAUCGAUGGCAACCCUGAUGAAGGGAUUAACGAGAUCAAGGCAAUUAUGGCCCCAUUUGUUCACCUUCACAAGGGGGAUAUAUUGCAAAAGAAUCUCCCUGGACUCAGGGAUACUGUGGUGGUCCUGAACCCGAGCGAGCUGCAGUUGGAUGUACUGAGGAGCAUUCAGGGUGCUGAUGACACUGAGACUGCGAAGAGGAAGAGGAAGGACAACGUGUUUGACUUCGAACACAAGCAAGCUUUAAUCUCUGUCCAUCCAUCUCUUGUCUUGAGCUUAAAAGCUGAGGAGAGGUCAGUAAUCUCUAGAGAGGAGGAGAAACUUGAAAGACACAAGCUCAACCCGAGUGAAGGAGUCAAAACAAGGUUCCUUGUGGAGUUCCUUCGGCUCUGCCUCACGAUGGGUGAGAAAGUCCUUGUCUUCAGCCAGUACAUCGACCCGCUGGACUCAAUUGCCCUCCAGCUGAGCUCAGUUUUUAAAUGGACGAAGGGGAGGGAGGUUCUCAUGAUGACUGGGAAACUCAGCAUGAACCAGAGGCAACCGAUUAUCAACCUCUUUAAUGAUCCUGAUAGUGAAGCGAGGGUCCUCCUGGCCUCCAUCAGGGCUUGUGCAGAGGGGAUAAACCUGGUAGGGGCUUCUCGUAUCAUCCUUCUCGAUGUGGUAUGGAACCCUUCUAAGGAAAAGCAAGCAAUUAGUCGGGCCUACAGGCUUGGACAGAAGCGAGUGGUCUACACAUACCACCUCAUUAUGAAAGGGACCUCUGAGUGGGAGAAGUACCAGAAGCAAGCCCACAAGGAUCGGCUGUCUGAGCUUGUAUUCACUGCUACCACAUCCAAUGGAGAUAAGAAUGAGAAGAAAUUGGGUGUUGUUUUUUACGAUAAGAUCCUGGAGGAGAUGACUUCGCACCCAAAGCUCAGGGACCUGUUUCAUCAGAUUAGGUACCAGCCCAAGCAGAUGGACUUAGUUGAGAAUUUUGGGCCAAAUAUUUGAUUCACCUGAUAGGUAACUAAUGAUUGGUUUUUGCGAAUGCUUGCUUUAGAUAGAAAGUCGAGAAGCCUUUUGUUAUUAUAACUUGUACUGAUAGGUUUUAUCACAAUAGCCUAACAACUGCUUGAAGUCUGACUUUGUAGUGGCAUACUAAUAUAUUGCUAGGAUAUGUUCGAUAAGAUCUCGAACUGGGUUCUGUAAAUUUAGAAUCAAAAUGAUUAACGUGUUUGCAA